UACCACCCCUCCAGCCCCUGUCCAGCUGCAGGCUCGAGAGCCUGCCACCUCUAGGGAGGAGACCAUGCCGCGGUCCUUCCUGGUGAAAACGCACUCCAGUCACAGGGUCCCCAACUACGGGCAACUGGAGACACAGAGAGAGGCGGAUGGCUCCUGCUCUGCUUGUGAGGAGCUGGUGAGGUCCCACCACCUGCCAGAUGAGGAGGCCCCUUCCUCUCCCAGUGACCCUCUACAGCCCUGGGACAGCACCUCUGCCAUUGCCUGCAUCUCUCUGCCUCUUCUGCCACAUCAUGGAGAAGCUCUGGGAGCGUCUGGGCCAGAACCCCAGGAAACCAGCUGCGUGGGCCCUCGGGCUGGCCAGGCCCCCAGUGUUCCCCUCAAAGACAGCUUCAAUCUGCCCUCGCUGUUGGUGCUGCCCACACGGUGGCCCCCAAUUCUGGGCCCAGAUGGAGUUCUAGAUAAACAACUAAGGGCCGAGGGAACAUCUGGAGUCCCAGGUAGUUUUGAGUGCAUCCACUGCCACAGGCCCUAUCAAACACUGGCCGGCCUGGCCAGGCACCAACAGCUGCACUGCCACCUGCCGGCUGGGCCCACCUUCACCUGCAGGUACUGUGACAAGGAGUAUGCCAGCCUGGGUGCCCUCAAGAUGCACAUCCGCACCCACACGCUGCCCUGCAUCUGCAAGGUAUGCGGCAAGGCCUUCUCCAGGCCCUGGCUGCUCCAGGGCCACAUCCGCACCCAUACAGGUGAGAAGCCCUAUACUUGUCCUCACUGCAGCAGGGCCUUCGCUGACCGCUCCAACCUUCGGGCUCAUCUGCAGACUCAUGCUGGUACCAAGAAGUACCGCUGUACUGUCUGCUCCAAGGCCUUCUCCCGAAUGUCUCUCUUGGCUCGGCAUGAGGAAGCUGGCUGCUGUCCUGGCCCCUAGAGGCACACAGCAGAGUGGAGGGGCCAAGCCUGACAAUAUUCUCAGUGAUUCUGUAUCAUCCAGGACAAUCAGAGGAGGCAGGGGCCUAGCUCACUGCUGCCUGUGUCCAGCCAGAAGCAAGAAGCCCUGUGGAGCCUUUAGGCAUCUUUCUCCAAGGCCUACAUUCAGUAGACUCACCACAAGACUCACCAAAACAAGAACCAACCAUUUUCAGCUUGGCCUGUCUGCUGGACCUAUUCCAAAAAAGAGAAACUACCGGGAAGUGACUAAUACUGAACAAACCCCACCACGACACCGAUGAGCCUGGCCACCUGGGUUCCUUUGUGUGUAACUUGAAAUGACCAUUUUUACUUAAGGAGAGCACAAUGUGUGAAUAAC